AUGCUUCUUACUGGGGCUUCAAUAUCUCGCCUGUCACCACGAAUCUCUAGGCACUUUUUCCCUCGGCGCCCCUUGUUUCAACGCCCUGCAUCACCAGUACGCGCUUGCUCACACUUAAGCUAUCCACUUCUCGACACAACCAAGAAGCUCGAGGAAGAGACACUGCCAUGGUAUCAGGUGAUUGGUAAAUUGGGCUACGGUGGAUAUUCAACCGUGUGGCUGUGCAGAGACCUACAGAUGCAUGAUUAUAUCACCCUGAAGGUCUUCGAGCGCAAUUCGGCAGAAGGCCAAAGAGACGUAGAGACCUAUCGUCACUUGAACACACUCGGCACAACAGAUCAUGCUGGUGCUAAGCUUAUCCGCAAAGCGCUGGAUAGCUUCCAAAUCGAUUUUGGAUGUCUUGUUCAUCCCACCUUGGGGAUAAGUCUCUAUGACUUCGGCGCUCAGCUCAGAGCCAAGGUACUCCCCGAAACCGAUUUCGAAGAAGAGGAGAAGUCUAGUCCUAGCCCGCGGAAGUCCGUCGGCGAUCGAGUCAUCUAUGCUUCUCAAAAGCUCAGGAAGACUACGCAACAUGGUCGUCCUACGCUGUGUGAUCUUGGUCAGGCUCGCCGUGGGUCAGAUAUCUACCAUGGUGAUAUCCAACCAUAUAUUUACAGGGCUCCCGAGGUUGAUAUUUGGAAUGCCGGAUUGCUGGUACAUCUCUUCGAACAAGGAAAUUUGUUCCACGGGCGUGAUUCGGACAAGAAAAGCUCGAAUGCCCAGCACAUCGCUGAAAUAAUUGCUGUCAUGGGGCCACCACCAAAAGAAAUGACGCAGAAUAGUGUCUAUGCGACCGAGUUCUUCGGUGACGAAGAAAAUUUGGAGGGUGAACCACGUCUACUGUUCCUCCGAUUCUUGCGCAAGGUGCUCCAAUGGAAGCCCGAGGAGAGAUUUUCGGCAAGAGAGCUCUUGGACGACCCUUGGUUAAGGUCACCUUAA